CCUUUGCAUCGUGCUUUAAUAACUAGUCUGAGUAAAAUGGCGCUCGUCUUACGGUCUUUGCGAUCCGCUGUUAAUGCCGGUGUAAAAAUUGGCCAGCAAUCAUGGCAUCAGCCAUUAGUUUUAGGCGUUCAAAAACAAAUAGCAAAUUACUCUUUUACUUCCCAUCAGAUACCUACACUAGCUGUAAACAAGAUCUCCAUUAACAUCAAAAGGAGUUUCAGUGAUAAACCCCCUAUGUCCAUGACUACUAUCCGAGAUAGGGUCUUGCUUGUUUUGAAACUCUACGACAAAAUUGAUGUUUCAAAGUUGACACUUGAAUCCCAUUUCAUGAAUGAUUUGGGUCUUGAUUCGUUAGACCAUGUGGAAGUUGUAAUGGCAAUGGAGGAUGAGUUUGGUUUUGAAAUCCCAGAUGGAGAUGCAGAGAAAUUGUUGAGACCAGCAGAUAUAGUAAGGUACAUUGCAGAUAAGGAAGAGGUGUAUGAAUGAGGAAACAGUAACAAGCUAUAGAUUAUGAGAAGUGUAGAGGAAAAUGGAAUACAUUUGAAAUGUUCUGUAAAUUGAUAGAUUAAAAAGUUAAAUUGA